CUCUCGCAGCUCGCACUCCUCUCAGCCCUUGCGGCGUGCGCCUACUCUGGCGACGUGGGUGGCUUCGGCUACGGUCCCGGACUUGGAGCCGCUGGUAUCGGUGGAGCCGGUCUUGGUGGCGUCGGUCUCGGUGGCGUCGGCUACGGCGGCCCUGGCUACGGCGGCCCCGGUCUAGGCUUAGGCGGACUAGGUCUUGGAGGCGUCGGACUAGGAGGUGUUGGCCUAGGAGGUGUUGGCUUGGGGCCCGUCGGUCUUGGCGGCUUCGGUCCAGGAUCAGCCGUUGGUGCUGCACCCGUGGUGGCCGCGCAAGUGGCCGUGGCAGCCCCCGUGGCAGCGCCCGUGGCCGUGGCAGCGCCCGUUGCCGUCGCAAAGCCUGUGGCAACCGUGUCGUACGUGAAGCAGCCCGUUCUGCGCGUCAGCUACGUGACCAAGCCGGUGGUCAGCUACGUUAGGCAGCCGGUGGCUUCCGUGUCACACACCAUCAGGCCCGUGGUUACAUACUCCGCAGGUGGCCUCGGCGCUGCUGCUGCUUUGGGCGGUCUCGGCGCUGGAGGUCUUGGAGGCCUGGGCCUUGUCAAUGGCGUGGGCCUUGCGGGCUUAGGAGGCGGCCUAGGAUACGGUCUCGGAGCCGGUCUCGGAGGAGGGCUCGUAGGUUUUGAUGGUCUUGCAGGCGGGCUUGCAGGGCUUGGCGCAGGAGUUGGGGGGCUCGGAGGAGGCCUCGGCGUUGGGCUAGGCAGCUAUGGCUACGGGCCUGUCGGCGUCAAAAAGGGAUACGGUCAUCGCCGCCGUCGUUAGAUACGUCAUGGGCUCUCCGUUUACCUAGACGUCGCGUGUGUCAGAGCCUUGCGGCGUCAACCGCUAAUGUCAAUUUAUCGCACUUGCUGGAUUUGUGUAAAUG